GGGGAAACUCUCCUGCUCUAGCCAAACACCAAAGCUUCCCCUUCCGCCAUAUAGACUUUUGCGCCAUCGGCAAUGCGGCCAUCGUAGCCAUGGAUUUUUGGUCACGGUUACUUAGCCCCUUGUCGUCGGCCACGACUCGACAAGACCAGGCGAAAGAUCCGGCAAAGCGGUUGCAUCGGUUCGAAAAAGAAUACGCGAGUUUACUGUCGACAUGGAGAACGUCAUCCAACUUGUCGCGAGACAGCGACGCGGCAGAGACUCUUGAGAUUCGACUGCAGGACUUGACAAAUAUUCUUAGCGAUGAGAGUCGCCGACCACUGCCACACCCAUGCAUCCAGUAUGCGUCGAUAAAGCAAAUCUACGUCCCGAUUGGCAAGAUUGCCACGACAUCACACAACGAAUGGAUCAUCAAAGAGGCUGUGCUCUUCUUCGCUACACUGAUUGAGAGUGAAGAGGAGGCGUUUGUCGAGAAUCCUAGUUUUUCUGCUAGCUUGACAAAUCUACUGGUCCGCAUUACUGGGGUCAACAGCGUGCGCUUGGGCCUCGACACCGAGUCGCGUGUUGUCGAGCUCGCCUUCAACAUUACGACAAAGAUACGUCUCGAUCCGGAUAUCCUGCCGGCAUGGUUCAAGGUUGCCCAGAGUCCUGGGGGCUUCCAAUUGCAAGGAGACAGAAGCACAGAGGCGAACAAUGAUAAAUUUACUGGGUUGACACAGCGAGCGGAUUUUCCGCUGUUUUAUAUCCUCAUGGAUUACAUCCACCACGAGGGUAAGGUGGGCGAUUUUGCCAGAACAGGUCUGCUGUACAUUAUUGAAGCGGCAAGCAACUCGGCUCCCCUGGAGCAGUGGAUUGUUGAGAGCGAUUUGUCGACGCUCAUGGCAACAGGACUUGGCGCGCUGUACAGCCAGCUUAGCCGAAAGCUGGUGAUUGACCAUUUGCCACAUGACUUGCCCCCAAUUUUGGCACUCUCUGACUAUGAGCAUCCACAAUCCAGCUAUGAGGUUGUAAGCUCGUGCUCUUCAGAGUUUCAGUCGCAUCUCGAAACGUUUCUGUCGCAUUUGCUCUUCUGGCAAGACGUCUUAAACCACUGUCGUUCGGUCGAGGUCAAGUCUACCCUCCUCGAACACUUUCAAGUUAUUUUCCUUCAACAAUUAUUAUACCCCUCACUCCUGGAGUCAUCUGACAUUGACGGCGGCUCGUCCGUCGCGGUAUUGACUUACUUACGCCGUAUACUCGAAUCUCUCGACCAUCCUGAUAUGAUUAACCUAAUUCUACACUACCUUCUGGCGCUGCCAGAUAACCUCCCCAGCAAGCCGGUGACUGAGCGGCCGUCGAUAAGUGCUGCCAGAAGACGCAAGUCCAUGGACUUGGCGACAAUGAUGGCGGAAAAAACAGAUCUAAGCGCUACGCCACUGCUCUUCAACCUCGUCGAUCUAAUACUCGCCUGUCUGCGUUCACGCAACCAGCAAACCAUACAUGUUACUCUGCAGCUGGUAUCGGCGAUUCUCAAGAGGCACCACCGAUAUGCAGUGCUGACGUUACUCCGUACUGAGCUACUACCGAGCAAGCCAGCGGAGCGUACAGUCGGCGCACAUGAGCAGGAAGUAGACUACGUCAUGGAGCUAGCGGGCUCUAUCGGUGGCUAUGCCAACUUUGAUGCAACGUACGAUUACAUCCUAAAGGAUACCAUGGCCCGGUUGGAAAGCCACCCGUGCUCGUUGAGAUUGGUGGCGCCAAAGGUGUCGACUAACAAUCACAAGCUGCCGGCGUUGCCUGAUAGUCUGCCUGGCGCACCAAAAGAGGUACGAGAGCACACGCUGAGACCGGAUGAUCCUCUUCUCAACGCUAUUUUGGACUUGAUGGAAUCGUUCUUCUUGAAUCCGGUGGAAGCGAACCUGUCCGUUACCGAGACGCUUGUAGAUCUUGCCGUAUGCGGAUACAUGUGUGUUGAAGGAUGGCUGGUGCGUUCGCCAGCAGGCUACAAAUACAUGGAUGAUGACGACGACGAGGUGGAAAAGAUGUCCACAACCGACAAUGGCAACAAGGCUGCCGAUGAAGAAUCGUCAGCGUCGAAAGAGGAACACGUCUUGCAGUCACUGCAGCGGUGCAGGCAGAGGCCGUUCUGGGAUGAAGAGUCGAUCCCUCGCCUUCUAAGCUUGAUACACGUCCUCACCAAGCAGGUUCUCAAGUACAGAGAGACCAUUCCGCGAUUUGACGAGCUGCUCCAGCAACGCCGCGAGGCUUUCCUUACUGCGGACUCGAUCUUGGACAACCCGGCCCCUGCUAGGAAGGGCUCGGUGCAACACGCCGCCAUGCAUGGAACGCCCGACCGGCCGAGCAUGGAUGAAGUGAUGAGGGCAGGCUCUCCAUCAAAGCCUUCAGCGUUGGAAGGAUUUGCGCAGCGUCUCUUAUCGGAGCUUGGAACACCCAGCAGGGCUUCCAGCCCAAGGGGUCCCCGUUCAUCUGGUACCUCGACACCUGCCGAGGCCCGUGACUACAACAAGGCGCUUCCCCCGACGCCGUCGAGCGUGGGCCUAGGUAUCUCGCGUAGCAUGUCGCCAAGCAGCACACCCCACGACGAUACACGCUCGCACAAUGAAGACGAGGAUCUCAGCGCAAGUCGCGUGGCCGAGUUUUCCGCCAUGGACCAGACCAUUCUGGCUAAGCGCGUCGGGGUGCCAGAUCGCAAAAUGAAGCCUAUUCCGCUAGAUCUGACGAGCAGGCGCACGAUGUUGGAGGUUCCAGAGAUGGCGCUCUCGGACGAUGAGGACGAGGACGAGGACAGUGAGGCGGAUGCUGUGAAUGCGAAUAUUGCAGCAGACGAAUCAGAGUAUGCGGAGCCAGAGGCGGAAGAGGAGACUGCAACCGUCACGGUGUCGCAUAUCUUGACGAAUGUUAUUGUCUUUCAGUCGUUUUUGAUGGAGCUUGCGGCGCUGAUGCAGGUGCGCGCUGGGUUGUUUGAUGAAGUGAAGUACGUCUAGAGGAAGAGAGGAAAAAGGCAAAAAAAAAGAGAACAGAUGCGGACCCAAUCGCACAAGAAUAAAUAAGUAGAGAGGCACAACAUGUAUAUAUCCCACGAGAUUGAGUAGCGUUACCACACACAUAUACACAUACACACACGCACAGCCGUGCUAUAUUUUUCUUUUGCUUUGCCUUGCCCCCCCAGCCCUUCUUUGCGGACACCAUCUUCGUCCUUUUCAUAUGUCUCGUGCUCCGACUUUAACCUUGCACAUUGAGAGAUUAGUUGGGCGCACCUACAGACCGCUACCUCGUCGGAUCAAGGAGUACUAACCAGCUUCUGUCUAGGCUGCAGGUGUCGGUGACUUUUUUUUCCUAUAUCCCAACCCAUUAUGGUAGCUAGCUAGGCUUGCUUGGUCUCGCCCCCAGCGAAACGCCAACGCUAGCGCCCGCCACGCGCCCAUCCCACGGCGUUUUCUCUCUUUACGGCCAUACGUAGGCUGUGAACAAACGAGUAAACUAAAAGGAACAAAGAGUAGACGACGUAGCGCAUCUGUCAAAUACACAAUGAUGUCAUUAUAUCCAAUAAACCCCUUGCGAAUCCCGGACUGCGGAAAAAGAGGCUGAGCAAGCUUGCGAAACCAUCGCUGGCUCGGCUGCCCGAUUCACUGGCGUCCCGAGACAGCGUACGUAGCCCGUUGCAUUGCCGCCGCGCCAAGUUGCCAAUUCCGGUCCUGAAUCCCGCUCGCGACGGCGCCGAGGGGACCGCGCGCACCAACCCACGGGGCCGAGGCGGGCGACAAGGAGAAGAAGCAGAUAUGUCGCGUACUGUGUUCGCAAGCUCUCCUAAAAAAGUGCAUGGCAUGGCAAAAAUAAAGAACAGGUGAUGUAAUAGAGUGGUCUGUUCUUUUCGGCAAACCAUGUUCCUCCA